AGUGCGUUUUAGUAUGAUUACUGGUGGCCAGCGGAGAGACAGAUUAAACGGCUCCACACAACUGUCGUUUUAAUCCCCCGAGCGAGGAGAUUUAGCAGGAAAAAACACUAGCUUUAAAUCCAGCAGCCAUAUUGUAUGGAAAAACGACGGAAAGAGUCCCGUUUUCAGAAAAAGUCGACUUCUCAGACUCCUCUGUCAGGACUUUUGGGGAGUUUAAUUUUCUCUCUUGCUGGCGGUGGGUUUGUGCUGCACAGCUAGCUCGCCAGCUGGCUGAGAGAUUCAGAGGUUGGGACUAGUUUUUCAUCCAUUUCACACAAUAUUGUGAUUAUUUCUUUGGCUAUAAAGUGUGAUAUUGAACGGGUGGAACGAUGAAGGACCGAUUGGAGCAACUUAAAGCAACGUGUGAUCAAGAUGAUGACGAGGUGGAGAUCGCUGUGGACAACGCAGCCUUCAUGGAUGAGUUCUUCUCUCAGAUCGAGGACAUCAGGAACAGUAUUGAUAAAAUUGAUGAGAAUGUGGCUGAAGUCAAAAAGCUUUACUCAGUCAUCCUGUCUGCUCCCACAUCAGAUCAGAAAACACAGGAUGAUUUGGAGGCAAUCACCAAUGACAUCAAGAAGAUGGCCAACAAUGCGAGAAACAAACUCAAGACCAUCGAGAGAAAUCUGGAGUCAGAGGAGCAGGAGAGGGUGUCAGCUGACAUGCGGAUACGUAAAUCACAGCAUGCAGUGCUUUCCAGGAAGUUUGUGGAGGUAAUGACAAAGUAUAAUGAAGCUCAGGUGGACUUCCGGGAGAGAAGUAAAGGACGUAUUCAGAGACAGCUAGAGAUCACUGGAAAAGCUACAACGGAUGAAGAACUGGAGGAGAUGUUGGAGAGUGGAAAUGCUGCUGUGUUUACUGCAGGGAUUGUGGACUCUGGCAUCUCGAAACAAGCCCUGAGUGAGAUUGAAUCCAGACACAAAGACAUUGUCCGUCUGGAAAGUAGCAUCAAGGAGCUGCACGAUAUGUUUGUAGACAUUGCCAUGCUGGUGGAGAGCCAGGGUGGAAUGAUUGACAGGAUUGAGAGCAACAUGGACCAGUCGGUGGGCUUCGUGGAGCGGGCUGUAGCAGACACUAAGAAAGCCGCAAAGUUUCAGCAAGAGGCUCGCCGUGUGAGUGACCAUAGUCAAAAACAUUGGUCCGGUUUCCCAAAAGCAACAGAAAUAGUUUUACCUUUUUGCUUAGCAUGUGCAAAUUCUCACAGAAAUGAGAGCGAUGCAGCAGAAAAAAUAGUGUUUACUGGCCACCACAGGACAAAGACAGAGUCAAGUUGAAGUUCACAAGCCUGUCUGCAAAUUACAAUAUGAAUACAGAAUCCGUGUUAUUUGGGUGGGAGUAUGUGCCAAAGAUGUUCUCUGCUUCCUUCUGUCUUCAUAGUUGAGCAGCAACUAAGGAUUAUGGCUGCUCUGUCUUAGCCUUAAACACAGCGCUCAAACAAAAAGUGUUUCCCCAGUAGAAAAAUUUGGAACUGCUGUACCAAAAUGGGCUGUAAUUUGUAGAACAAUUGCAAGCCAACAUUCUUUUUAGCUUACCUCCCAAUCGUGACAAUGAUCAUUUUUAGAAAUAAUUUGAAAGAGUUCUUCAAUUCUGUUCCGCUGUGCUUUGAUCAAAAUGGCCCUUUGUGUAUAAAAGGUAGAAAGGAUUGUAUUUCCUCUUUAACAAAAGAAUGCUUUUGGGAAACUUCCUUGACAACAUGAGGAGCAUCACCACCACCAAAACCCUGAUCUUCUCCUUGAUCCUGAACCGUGUUGGCUUGAUCCCCAACUCUCCUGCCUGCUCCUGCACCAGCCUCCACCCUGUGGACCCCUGUGGACCCCUGUGCUUUAAACGCCUCCGUGACCCAUCAAGAACCAGAAUGGACAACCCCUCCCCCUACUCAGACACACACUGACAGCUUCCACUCUCUUUUCUCUCUGUUCUUUCUCUGUUCUUUCUCUUCAGCUGUAACUUGAACGUUGUCUGUAUAUACAUGUGGUUGCAUUGGCCUUUUGUUUGUGUCUGAAGAUAUUAUCUGUUAGACUCUGGCUGUAUGUGAAUAAAAUAACAUUGUGUUGACUGGAAAUCAUAAAGUCAACACAGCUGUAACAAGAGAAAACUGGUUGAUCAGACUUCAGCUAGACUGAAGUGCAGAGUUUGUGUGGUUUCCAAGCUGCAUAGAUAAUCCAUGAUAUCUGAGAUGUCCAUUGUUGUCUUGCCUGAUGCAAAAUGUUAUGCCUUUUGUUGUUUUCCAUUGAGAUUCAAUCUGAUGUUACUGUGCGUAUUUGGUUGUCCUCCAACAGAAAACGGUGAUAAUUGUGGUGGUUGUGCUGAUCCUACUAGCUCUCAUUAUCGGACUCUCAGUGGGAUUAAGGUGAAGCUGAUGGGUUAUUACAGUGUAAGGAGAGCUAAGGGUGAGUAACUGGAGCAAAUACCUGCUGUUGCCACAAUGGGUGUGGGUAUGAGGCAUGCUUUGGAUAAGAGUUUGCACUUCCCUUCAGGCUGAGUGUGUGUAUUUUCUUUCUAUGAGUGAGCUUAUAUGAGGUGUGUUUGUGUGUAUUUGAAGUUCUUGGGUGUGUUUUUUUUUUUUCUGCAACACUUGUGUCUGGUUACUGCUGAACGAACAAACAAAGCAGAGCUAGCGGUGAGUUAGGUGCUCACUGUUGCAGCUGUUGGUUUAUUUCCGUGCUCCUGCAUCCUGUGAUUAACACUCUUCUCCCUUUGUGUCUCCCUCUUUGUAGAAGAUGAUCAUUAUUAAUGGAGUCUGUCCUGUGGUUGUUGUCAUCCUCCUCGUCUUCCUCACCCAUACAGUAUAGAACUCAUCUGUGUGUUCAUCAUGUUCUCCAUCAGCUGGCCCACAAAAGAAAACACCAAUACUGAUCACUCCAUAUGGAUUUUAUAAUAUUAAAUCUCCAGAUGUACCGCCUGUUCUUAAAAAAAAACAAAACAAAACUGAAGGUCUGGUUUGACCUCUUGAAAGAAGAAGCAGGAGGUCUGUUUGACUCCCUGAGGUUUGGACAGUUUGAGGAUGCUCUGCUGCAAAUGAGGAACUGAAGCUGACAUACCUGUAUCUCUAUGGAGGCAAAAAGGGAACUGAAAAAUCAAAACAUUUCAUUGUUCAACAUUUGGAGCCAAUGAAUCAGUUGGAAAGUGUUUGUCAUCUGUAGUUUGAACUCCUGGGGAAGUCAGACACUUGUUGAAGCACAUUACCUCCAUAAUCAUUAAUCCUCACCAUUAUGAGCCUUGACACAUUUUAUGAUCGUCACUGAAUAUUCACUGCUCUGAGAUUUUGUUGGUUUUAGGGAGUUCCAGCACUUUCACAUUUCAGAGUCCAACAUGAAGCUCAAAUUUCUGUAAUUAUUGUGUGAAUAAUUGAAUUACUGUUGUUAAUAUGUAGCCCUGAAUGUGGCUCGGCUGUUUUAUCUUGAAGAGGACUGGUGUGUACUCUCUUAUGAUUCUUCAGGUUAAUUAUUUAGUCACAAUUUAGUGGGUUUUUUUUUUUCAUUUUAAAAUGUGAAGGAUGGUGCUUAUGGGAACACAUUUCAUGAACUCGCAAAGAAAGAAAGACAGGCCAGUGGGAUAAAUCCACGGCUUGCUUGAAGAAUUGUCUAAAUGCUGCAGCAUCUGGCAGAAAAUCUUUUCAGACUUUCAUGAUGACCAUUGUCUUGCUUGUUCAAAUACUGUAAAAAACAAUGUUUUGAUGCCAAAGGGUUUGUAGAGAGGCUGGUAGCAACACUAGUGGCUUGUUUCCAUAAGUGCCUGAAUAGUCUUUGUAUUUAUUCUACUUAUUGACAAUGUGUUGCCUGUGAAGACACAUCAAUGGACACUUUAACCUAGAGCUAGGUCUGCCUGGCUGGUGGCUCUGUACUGCUGUGAGAUGCGUUAACUGGCAUAUUUUAGUUCUCCUAAUAUUCAGAUAUAACACAGUUACCAGUUUAUUAGGCACAGCCCUGCAAUACAUCCUGGUUUUUUUUUGUUUUUUUUUUACAAAGGGAGAAUGUUCAAUUUUUGCUAACACAGCUUUGGAGAUAUGUUGCUUGGUGUUAUACAGUGUGUCUAAUAAUUAGUUUUCCCUCACUGAUGUACAAAAUAUUUUAAAUUAGAACUGUGAAAGUUUAAUUUGGUCACAUCUACAACAGUUUGAGUGAAAACUGAGCAUUUUACUUUAAUAAUACGCCUUAUUAAUAUGAAAAUUAUCUUCAUGUACAUCCAAAACUGUUUAGUUUUUAUUUUUUUUUCCACUUUUAUCCAUAUUUUCAGAAAGCACAGUGCUGAAAAUAUUUGUAUCGCUUUUGUCUAUUCCUAACACAAUCUCACAUAUCAUAUUAUAUGAAUGUAUAAGAAUGUUGUCAGUAAAUGAAACGGGCAGAUGAAGAUAGGAUUUAUUGCAGGGCUGUUGUAUUAGACUGCAUUAAUCUUGGCAGAGUGAACCUGAUAUACUGUCAGUGCAGUUGUGGUUAGUUAUUUCAUCAGGAUGCUCUUUCUUGUCGAGGGAAUGUGGAGAGUGUACUGAAUGGUUUCACUGAGUGGCUUUAACUUGGUAAUUAAGCAGGUGAUCCCAGCUGUGAAUGUGAGGAUCAGGUCAGAGAUCACAUUUCUACAAAUCAAGAGAAGAGGCUUUUUAUUCGACUGAGGGCCUUUAAUGUGAUGGCUUUGUGUCUUUUAGACCCGAGCCUGAAUGUUUCCUUUAAAUCUGGUUGCGCGGGGGCCACUUUUGAGAGUAAGAGGCCCCCUCAGGGUCUCUUAGCUGAAUUUGAGCCACCAACACAGGCUCCAAGAAGAGAAGAAGGAGAAAACUGAAGUUGUACACUGUUUUAAGUUAAGUGCCAAUGAUUUUAAAAGAAAUUAAAGAUUUUAUGUUUUUUAAGG